AUGGUCUGCCGUCCAGGUAUAUCGUCCAUGUCCCUCGGCCGGUGCUAUGCCGGCCACUCCAUCGAGCAUAAGCUCUCCAUGGCCGCCAAACACGGCCUCCAGGGCAUCGAACUCUUCUACGAAGACCUCGCCGACCUUGCGCAACCCCAGACGCCCUCAAAUCUGCUCUCAUCAGCCGCCUACGUCCGCUCAUUAUGUACAUCUCUCGGUCUCGAGGUCAUCUGCCUGCAGCCCUUCAUGCACUACGAGGGCCUCCUCGACCGGUCAAACCAUUCUAAACGCAUCGAAGAGAUGCGCCUCUGGAUCCAACUCGCCAAGGUCCUCGACACAGACCUGAUCCAAGUCCCCUCGUCGUUUCUCGCUGCUGAGGAGAUCUCAGACGACGUCGAGUUGAUCGUAUCGGAUCUGCGGGAACUCGCAGAUAUUGGCCUCACGCAGUCACCACCCAUCAGAUUCGCUUAUGAGAGUCUCUGUUGGGGCACAUAUGUCGACAAGUGGGAGCUCUGCUGGGAGAUCGUCACGCGCGUCGACCGCCCCAACUUCGGCAUCUGCCUCGAUAGCUUCAACAUCCUAGGCCGCAUAUACGCCGACCCCACUUCGUCUACAGGCUGCAACGCCGGCGCUGAAGAGGAAGUCCAGGCCUCGAUCCGCAGACUCGUAGAGCAAAUCGGCCCACACAAGGAGAAGAUCUUCUUCAUCCAGAUCGUAGAUGCCGAGCGCCUUUCCUCCCCACUUCUGCCUGGCCACGCUUUUUACAACGCCGCGCAGCCGGCGCGCAUGUCCUGGUCACGAAACUGUCGCCUUUUCUACGGCGAGACCGACCACGGUGCGUAUCUGCCCGUUAGGGAUGUGGCGCAUGCCAUCAUCAAAGAGAUUGGGUUUAACGGCUGGGUGAGCAUGGAGCUCUUUAAUCGCGCGAUGGAGAGGAAGGACCAUGGUGUUGUAGAGGAGUUGGCGAAUAGGGCGGGGGAUAGCUGGAGGAGGAUGGUUGUGGAUCUAGACAUGAAAGUCGAAGCCGACGAACUUGUCAAGAAGUCGAUAGCGAGGACUGACAGCGGCACUGAUAUCUUUAACAAGGAAGCUGAGGUUGCGAGGUUGUAA